AUUUAAAAAGUUUUUCAAUUGCAGGUAACAACUUAUUCGAAUUGUCAAACAUUCUCAUAUUUAAUUAUUUACAGUUUUUAAAUAUUUUAAGAACGUGUCAAACUAAUCCAAGCUUUUUUAGGUAUGUAUCUGCAUGUGAGGCUUCUUGGCGAAUUUUUGCUUUCCCGAUUUGUUAUCGUACUACAGCCGUAGAAAAACUCCCGUUUCAUCUUCCAGAACAAGAAUUGGCUAUUUACAACAAGGAUGAUCCAAUAGAAGAUGUUUUGCACCGUACAACAAAUAGAGCUUCUAAAUUUUUGGGCUGGAUGGAAUGCAACAAGAUUUAUCCCCAGGCCAAAGAACUCACGUAUGCUGAGAUUCCAUCUAAAUUUGUGUGGAAUAGCAGAGAAAAACUUUGGAAGCCAAGGUCAGAGAAACGGAAAAGUUUUGCAAUAGGCAGAAUUACGUAUGUACCGCCUUGUAUAGGGCAAGCCUAUUACUUGCGAGUUUUGCUUCAUAAAAUUCCAGGACCAACAAGCUUUGACUAUUUAAAAACAGUCAAUGGUGUACUUUAUAAGGAUUUCCAAGAAGCUUGCUAUGCAUUGGAAUUACUGGAUGACGAUAAGGAGUACAUUGCAGCUAUAAAUGAAGCAGGUGAAUGGUGUUUUGGGGAAUUUUAAGGAAGUUAUUUGCGAUCCUACUGCAUACAAAGAGUUUAACUGUUCCUCUUGAAGUUUUGAAUAAAAUGAAAGACAUCUUGUGUGAGGAUAUUUUGUUUAAAGAGAGGAGAAACAAGAACGAUCCAGGUACUUCAUAAACUUAUUUUAUUUCAUGAAAAUAUUUCAUUUUUUGAAAGAAAACAUUAUGAUAAAGUGUUUUAAAUUUACUAUGGUAGGUCUAAUGUUGUCACGGACUCAGAUAGAAAAUAUAUGUUUAACUGAAAUAGAACUUAUGUUAUGAUCGAAUGGGACGUCUCUUACGGCCUUCGAGAAAAUGCCUAAACCAUAUGAUAGUAUAAUGAACACAAGAGUAAAUAGGCUUAUCGUAGAUGAGAGAAUAUAUAAGCCUCAUAAACAACAGGAAUUGUACGAUAAGUUGUUACCUAUGCUAACUGGUGAGAAGAGACGUGUUUAUGAAGAAAUUAUUCACUCUGUGAAUCACAACAAAGGUGGUAUGUUUUUGUCCAUGGUUUUGGUGGUGCUGGAAAAACUUUUAUGUGGACUAUUUUUGGUGCUGAUAUAAGGUCUAAAGGUAAUAUUGUUCUUAAUGUUGCUUCAAGUGGUAUAGUUGUUUUGCUUUUGGAAGUUGGUAGAACGGCUCAUUCAAGAUUUGGUAUUCCAAUCAAUCUUAAUGAAUAUUCUGUGUGUUCGAUAGAUGCCGAAUCUGAUCUUGCUAAUUUAAUUAGAGAAGCAAAGCUCAUAAUAUGGGACGAGGCUCCAAUGAUGAACAAGCUUUGUUACAAAACUUUAGAUAGGAGUUUGCGAGAUAUCGUGAGGUGUGACCAGAUUUUUGGAGGUAAAGUUGUUGUGUUAGGAGGUGAUUUUAGACAGAUUUUACUAGUUAUUACGGAAGGAGGAAGGGUAGCGACAGUUUUAGCAUCUAUCAACUCAUCUGUUCUUUGGAAUAGUUGUAAAGUUCUUAAACUUACCGAAAAUUUGAGACUUCGCAAGGCAUGUAAUAGUAUGGAUGCGGGUGCUCUUGCUACUUUUUCUAAGUGGCUUCUUAAUAUCGGGGAUGGCAAAAUUAACGAGUCGGAUAGUGGGGAUGUGGAGAUAGAAAUUCCGGAUGAUUUAUUAAUUAAUACAAGUGGAAAUCCUAUUGAAGCAAUAGUUAAAGAUAUCUACGGAGAACAUUUUACAAGGAGGACUGAUCCAAAAUUCUUUAGUGAAAGAGCUAUUCUAAGUCCAAAAAAUGACGAUGUUGAUAAGAUAAAUCAGUUUAUGCUUACUAAGCUUCCAGGUAUGCAAAUUAAAUAGGAUAUGGAAAUUCUCUUUUUUUUUUUAAAUUCUAAUAUUAAAAACAUAUAAAAAA